ACGCACCAAUCAUCUUGCGACAGCUUGACCUUCAAGUGCUCGCAACCUUCUUCAGUGGACGACACCCCUGAAGUGUUGCCUUUCUCCCGUGCCUGACGCCACCUGAUGGAGUUGAGUCCCAGUGAGUUUUCAGAUUAUUCGGUACUGCAGGACAAAGAAAAUAUUGCUGUAUGCAAUGAGCCGAAAUCAGAGCUCAUGAAUGAAAAGAUUGUCAAACAAUGUGAAUUCUAUUUUUCGGAUGCAAAUAUUCUAAAAGACCAAUUCCUUCUAAACUUAGUCAAGUCAUCAAAGGAGGGAUGGGUGGAUCUCUCUGUAAUUGCAGGUUUUAAAAAACUCCAGUCUUUGACGACGGACCUUAGCGUUAUUCGUCAGUCACUGGCAGCUUCAACUAAAAUUGAGGUGUCAGAAGAUGGGAACACAAUUCGACGCAUUGAUCCUUUGCCCGUAUGGGAUAAGUCCGUUUACUACCGUACCAUCAUAUUGUCGGAAUUCCCAGAAAAUUCGAACGUCACAGUGGAGAGUAUUCAGGAGUUCUUCACGAUAAAUGGCCAUCCUCCAUCUUUAGUGCGCGUUCUGUUUCCAAACCGCAAGAUACCAUCUGAUCUUAAACGUUCACAAAUACUACAUAAUCAACUCGGCGUCAAAAUCUGCGCUGUUGUUGAAUUCCCUAAUCGACCUGAUGCAUUAAAAGCAAUUAAUUUAUCUCGCUCUCACUGGGGGAAAAUAUAUGCAUACCUUUUGUGUCAUGGCAAUAAAAAACUGAAUAAAAACCAACCUGAACAUAAGACUAAGUACUGCUUAUCAACUUAUUCAGGCAACUCCGUGACGAGUUACUGGUUCAUUUCUUUGCGGUCACUUGUGCGAAGCUUGUUGAUCUUCGACCGCCUGCUCAAAUCAAGAUUGUUAAAAAAACUAAGCAUUCAAAUGAUAUUAUACGCACUUAUCCGUAUUUGCUUCGAUUAGCUUCAGCGUUAGCUACUACAUAAGCUUAAAAAGAUGCAUUUCUUCUCAGAGCUUGAAAAAGUACUUCAAAGUAGUCAAAUUUCUGCGUAAAUAAUCUUUUUUGAAACAGAUCCCUCGCGAAAAUUCUAUUAUAUUUAGAUAUCGGUUGUCAGAUUUCCUUAACCUGACACAUAACCUGAGUCUACAAGUAAAUGAGGUUGCCGAAAAAUACACUAAUUAUGGUCAAAUGAGGCAUUAGUGAUAUAUGAAUUAUUUGUUAUUGAUGUAUUGUUAGUGGGAUAUUAUAGAUUGCAUUAAAGCAUGUUCCGUACAGAAUCGUGUCAGGGAACGCUGACUGGCCAUUUCUUAGCUAAUCAGCACCAGGGGAUACUUGGGAAAGACUCUAGAAUCUUGUGUGAAGAUUAUAAAUAUACUGACGUUUUUCUCAUUGUAAUUCCUACUUCUAUUCAACCUUUUUUAUUUGAAAUAUAAUUAUGUUCCUCUUCAACUGUUUUCUGAUUUAGGAACUUACCUAGUGAAGUAAAGUGUAUGAAGAAUACUAAGCAAUAAGACUAACUGGGUCAUAGUACGAGAGAUUGUAACACCGUACGCAAUACAAAUUGUCCUCAUUAUUGAUGAUCUUGCUGUUUUCUAAAUUAUAUUCAUGAAAAGCAAAGUAACAAAUGUGACCACAAAAAAUAUAUAUCAGUGAUUCACUAACAGUUUACCGCUUUGAUUUUCAAAGCGAUUAGACACCAUAAAAUCAUGUAAACAUUAUCGAGUGUUCAUUACAUGAUAAGUAUUGUUAGUGAGAUGUCAUUUUAUCAAUGGGAGUAUUUCGUAUUAGAAAUUAAUUUCUUAACAAAAAUGAUAAGAGUUUCAAUAGCCAUCCAUGCCAUAAACUAAUCUAUUUAUUCUACUCACAGUGAGUUCCUGUGCAUGAAGACUAUUGGUUUUGGUUAUAUUGGUGGUUUGCACAGAGCUUUCACUAGUAAAUUUAACGUGAUAGUUUUUUUCGGUUAUGACAUUGGAUGAUAGGAGCUCUACAUUUGACUUGACCACUCGAUUCCAUGUCAGUGAUCUAUAGAUAAAGCGCUCUCUGUGGGACCUAGAAGUCGUGGGUACGGUUCUUGGUAAACAUUGUUGAAGCGCUGCCUCAAACUAAGAUAAAUUGAUUAUCCAGUGCUCCAAAGUUUCCAGAGGUUCUCCCACCUGAUGCCGAUCCGCGACAACAACCAUUUUCACACUGAUUUAAUCUCUAAAAUAUGAAAAAAAUUAAUAUCACUUCAUAAGGGUUUGGUCAUAGGCACAAAUAAUAACUAAGUAGUCGAUAUCUCAUCAAGCAAUCGGUUAUUUUUAUUGUUUGCGAACAGGAUGUAUGAAUCACAAACUUGAGCCAAAGUUCGGUAAUCUAUCUAAUGUUUGUAAAUUCACGUGAUUGUAUAUGCGUAUAUGUAGUCACAGUAUAAAUUCAUGGAUACAUGAAUUCGUCGUUUUUCAUUUACGGUUCUUUUGAGCAUAUGCCAACAUUUUGAUUUUUGUUUCUAGUAUCCCUAAUACCACCAAUUCCAAGGGUGUUGCUGAUGACAAAGUUGAACCCAUUCGCAAACCACUUCUACGUCGUCUGGAUUGCCUUAGCAACAAUAGCAUUCAUGUGUCUCACGUACGAGAGCCAAUAGGUCCACCAACUGAAGAAAGUGCUGGUUUUUUGCCUGGUUGGCGUGAAUUACUCCGGUUGCAGCGAAUGCUGAUUCGUGACGGAGCUGAAGUGAAUAAGUCUUCAGAAGCUGAACUUCAGCAAUUGGAUAAUGCGAUUGUUUGUAUAGACUCCGGUGCAGUUUGCGCCUCUUAGAAAACAACCAGUCACAUAUAACAGAAGUAUGUCAAUUUUUCGGUGAUAAAUGCAUCCUUCAUGAUCAUCUAUGUUUCACUUGAACCACUCAUAUCUCUCCAUUUUUGCUAUAUAUAUACCAGAUUCAGAAUACAACAAAAUUCUCUUGUCUAACACUGGUGACACAUUCCUAUUUUAUAAUAGAUAUUUCUGUAGUUAGACAAACGACAUUUUUUCAUCAAACUAUUUCAGAAUAAUUGUUUCAAUUCUUUUUUUAAAAGUUGCCUGUAAUUUGAGAUAUCAAUAGAUGCAUCUUCAAAGUAAUAUGACAAUUAUACAGUGUAAAAUAAAGCAUAAUCAUAUGAUGCAUGAAUACCGGAAAAUUCGUUUGUGAGAUCUUUCAUUGCUUUUCUGAUAUAUCAUCUCUCAAAAAGACACUUGUUGACGGUUUAGUACUGCUCUACAAGACGACAUCCAAACAAUACGUCUCAGAAACUUGAAUACCAACAUAUUUUGCUAUCGUUCCAUGAUACGAUGGCAGAUUUUCUCUGAGUUUUUUAUCAGUGCCUAGUGUGUGAAGAUUUAGUGUACUAUGUGUAGACUGUAUUCAUGAUACCGUAGUGUGUCUAGACGUCUUCACAUGUUUGUUUUGUGUUUGUGUCAUCAGACUAAUUCUGUUGUUCUGUGUUAUUUAACCUAUUCGUUGCUGUCAACGAUAGUACUUGUAAGGUAACAUGAACAAAGAUUUCAGCAGAAUAGCAUGAAUUCAUUUUAUUUCGUUUGGUCGUCGUCGUCUGCUUACAACCUGUGACAUUUAAAAAUUAUAAUUGCAUACAUGGAAGAGUUUAGUUGGAAGCUACUUUGAAUACACGACAUUAUAGUAUAGCAAGGGUGUAAAUGAAUUCAAUAGACUGAAUAGAAUACUGUUGUUAGCGGAAUAUAAAUUGAAUUAAAGCACAUUCCGUGCAAUAUUAUGUCGGGGCACGCUGAUUAGUUAUUUCUUGACCAAUCAGUGCUAGUGGAUACUUGGAGAAGACUCUAGAAAAACCAUAAAUACUCUAACGUUUUUCUUAUUGUAAUUCCUACUUCUAUCUACCCUUGUUAUUUGGAAUAUAAUUUCGUUCCUGAUCAACCGUAUUGUGAUUUGGGGACUUGUCGAGUGAUUUGGUGUCCAAGAAUACUAAGCAAUAAGAAUAGCUGCGUCGUAAUAAGAGAAAUUAUAACAACUGUGAAUAUACAUAUUAUGGGAAAGAAAAUUCUACGACAUAGAUAUUAACAAAAGUCCAAAGAGCUAGAAACGUAACGCGUAAACGCUGAUAAUACGUAAGAAUAAAGUGAGUAAAGCUCAGUCUAUAAAGAUAAGAUCACUAGCUUAGAAGACAGACGGAAUAAACAGACAAUGUACGUAAUUGGUUGAAGGAAGAUUAAACAUAAUUUUCAUGUUACAAAAGCUAAGAAAGGUUUAAAUCUUUCGAACGCUUAAAUCAGGUUUGUGACGCCCGUUAGCAACGGUUUUAAUAAACUAGAGCUUGACUGUUUACGGAUCAUUUUGAAGGAUUGCAAAGUAUCGAGUUUAUGUCCUUUAUCCAACAGAUGUUUGGUAAUUGUGCUGUUUAAAGUAGUUCCCUCUUGUUCAAAGACUUGAAACGUAUUCAAAAAUGUAAGAUAUGGCCCCCUUUCUGUUCGACCAAUAUAGCUGUUUUGGCAAGUACUUAUAAACACAGUUGGCGGUAAUAUAAAAUGAGUGUUUAUCGACAUUUGAUUAAGUGACUAAACAUAUUUUAUACAAUAUUAGUUUGCCUGCCGGGUACGUUUUGGUUAGAUUCAACACGUUAAAACAGUCUAAGAAAAUCCCAUGAUUCAUAAUGAUAGUUUGAUGCUAUCCUUUCUCUCAUGUUAUACAUUGUCGUCAAAUACACUUAUUAAACAAGUUUGCAAUAGACAAGGAUCCUAUCAAAUUUACAAUUUAUUCAUUAGUUUUCCUACCGUUUAGGUACAUAUUCAGUCAUCACGUAUAGGAUAUUACGAUUUCUCCACUCGACGUGUCUCUAUACGCACAUAAACUGAUUAACACAGUCUGAUAUAACCUAGUCACCUAUAUAGUGUUUGGGUGUUAUGUUUAGCUUAACUAGAGAAUUCACAUGUCUCAAGAGUAAGGGAUUUAUUGUAAGUAGAUUAUUCGCCUAGUCGUUAUCUUAAUUAGUCCGGCCACCCAUAAAUAAGCGUGUGUCGUAAUAUUAUUCAGAUUCGAGCAACACAAAAUCCUGUAGUUUUAGUCGUCUCCUUCAUAGCUGGGUUGUUCAGUUGUAAGCGGAGUUGUAUAGUAGCUAAGUCGGGUCACAUUAUCUGGCCUCUUCAAUGUAAGAUAAAUGCACUAGAUCUCAAAUUUUACGGCCCAUAAGUCUUAACAGAUAUCUACUAAGCCGCAUUAUUUUUUACUUGAAGUGGCUUUUUUGUUGUUUCAUCCGCAUUUGAUUAUGUCAAUCAGUCAGCUACAACGUAGGACC